AUGGCUCCUAAACAACACAGAAAUGCUGCUGAUGCUACAAAAUUGUCAACAUUCAUGAUAUCUGCCCCGCAAGUGGCCACCAAUAAAAGUGAGACAGCAGUGAUUGCGGCACUUAAAAACGUCUACUUCUCAGCAAAACAGAAUCUACCAAGUUCAGUUGUUCCGGCACUGAACGAUCUGUGCAUAAGACAGGGUGUAUCACAACUGAGUGACUUGAAAGUUGAUAGUCAUACCACCUACGAGCACAACACCAGCAUUGGCGAGUUCCAAGACUGUCUAGCUGAUGUACCGAGGGAAGAUUUACUUGUUAAGGUGAAACAAUCGGGGAAAUUCAGUUUGAUGUUUGAUGAAAGCACAGAUAUUUCUGUGCAUCAAAAUUUGAUAAGCUAUAUUAGAGUGUUAGAAACCAAUGAUUUUGGGACAGUAGAGCCACAUACCUACUUUUUAGGCAUUAACCAAUUAAAUAGGGCAAAUUCUGAGAGUAUUUUUGGUAAGGUUUUGGAAAUGUUGGGCAAAAAGGGGAUUGACAUUUCAAAUUUGUGUGGAGUCAGUACUGAUGGGGCAGCUGUUAUGGUUGGGAAUAAAUCUGGGGUUGUCACAAGGUUAAAAAAUCAUGUUCCUGGGGUUCUAGCCAACCACUGCAUUGCCCAUCGCUUGGCUCUUAGUUGCAGUACUGGUGCAGACACAUUCCCUAUUUGGUCAAGUUCCAGGAGAUUUUGA